CGCCACAAAGCUAAAGGAACGACUCUUUCCGUUGGCGAGCGUUCCAAGCGCGCAGAUGCGAGUGGAUGGUGGCCAGCGGCUUUUUGGAAGGGACUGGCUUCGUCAUUGGUACUGGGACUGGCAGUAUGUGGGAUGAUGUGGACGUCGCUGGGGUCGGAUGAACAGAGUCAUGCCAGGAGCCAAAGAGCCGACGGCGAUGACGUGGUGAAGGUGCUUGAGACGGCCAAAGAUGCCCACGGACACCUCGUUGCUACAGUCUCCAAUCGGGAGUUGGGCGUGAAGUUUCUGACCUUCGGCUCGAGCAUCAUUGGUGCACAGUAUGGUCAAGCUGAGUACAAGGACCAAGCUGCUUUUACUGGUUUUGCAGUGCAGGAGAGCGUCCUCUUCGUCAACCGCUCGCUGAGGCAUGCCUUGCAGCUUGGCUUGGGUGCUGGUGUCGUGGCCAGCUACUUGCGUGCCCACCGAAUGCAGGUUGAUGUGGUGGAGCUUUCUGAUGCUGUCCUCUACUUGGCAGAAAAGCACUUUGAAUUCAACUCCUGCUGCCAAGCUGCUCCGAGCGCUUGCGAUCCUCUGGGGCCCUCGGCCGACGCCUGCCGAAGCCGCCAGGGCAGCUCCAAGCUUUCGGAGGCCCGGAGCUUCCUCUUCCAGGAAACCCCUCGACGCUACGACGUCGUGAUCAGCGAUGUGUUUAACGGCUCGAACCCUGGGCACAUGCACUCGCUGGAAGUCUUCGCUCGACUCAAAGAGCAUUGGUUGAGCCCUGGCGGUGGGAUCUUGGUGCUGAAUUUUGUUGGUUUCCACCGCGGCCCUAGCAGCCAACUGAGCUUUGAUGUUGCGACCACUCUCCGCGCAGUGUUCCAGGUUGCACGAUGCUAUCGGGACCAGGACCUCGAGGAGGAGCCGGAAAUGGCCGCGAAUCUGGUAUGCUUUGCCUCGGAUGAAGACUUCCACUUCAAUGUGCCUCAGAGUGGCGACUUCUCGAAUCCAAUCCCGUUGUCGAGCUUUUGGGUGAUGCAGCAGUUCCAGGCUUGGGAGGUCUUGAAGCCUCUGAGCCGAACAGCGGGCCGCAUCAUCGAGGACUCCGACAACGAGCUGCUGCAUGCCGGCGCGCAGUCUCAGAUCGAGCUGCAGCUGCGAGCUCAUGCGCAGAAUCUGAUUCCUGAGCAUGUUUGGAAAGCCUUGGGCAUCGGGACCUGA